GUCGCAUUACUACCAGUACGAAAAGUUUCAUUUGAACAUGAAAUGUAAAAUGGUGCGUGAGAAUUGGGCUAAAUUCUUCUUUUUGCUGUUGCACCAUUCAUUCUUCCGGUUUACCGUUUAAUAAAUUAUCGCGCACUAAUCAAUGAGAUAAAGAUACAAUUUCAUAAAAAGCGGAGUGAAAGUCCCGGUAUUCGAUCUGUAAAGUGCAGUUUUCCCAGCAUGCAUCAUGAGUGGGAGUGAUUGGGAUGGUUUGCUAGCGAGCGAUGUCUACUAAAAAUUAAUGUUUAAAAAAUUCAAAAAUAAAUUUCGAAGGACUUUUCUCUUAAUCUUUUAACAAAUUAGUGGUAACUUAAUUCAUGGAAAUGUGUUUGCUACAUAUCGGAGUUGAAACGUAAUGGCAAUAGUAGUGUAUUCACAUUGGUGACGUAGUUCUCCAUUGUACUUGCUCUGUUUGUACAACAUUUAUGGAAAAACGAAGAAUGCAUCCAAAUGGAUAAAUGAGUAAUUUCUGGCAUCGUUACUAAAGCAGCGAUCAAAUGUUACAAUUUGAACUUAAGCUUAAAGGAUACACCACAAGUUUUCACCAUGUCUGCUAACCAGCUUAUGGAUUCAUGUCUUCUCGUGAACCGGCGGGUGGAACAAAGGCAGGAACACAGCAUCACCCACACAGAAAUAACGCAGAGGCGGGUUUUGCACGAUAAAGGUCCCGAUAUGCAGCAUUAUAAAGGGCCAGAAACUGGGAGUUCGAUAGGAGAAGGAGUUUAUCAUUCGCAUAGCAAUGGACACUCUGAACAUUCUCCAAACUCUAGCCAUAUGUCUGUUCACAGUGACGAACCUUUAGUACGUACUCAUAAACAGCAAACUACACAGCAAGUGACUACGGUAACUAAGGUUGUGCGUGAAGUGCAGCAAUUAGGUGAUGGUCCGCCGGGUGAAUAUGUGCCAGUGCCCUUAGGCUCAUAUCAGCAUCCAACCCACGCCCGUCCUCAGUACGUAGAUUACAUGGAGCAACCAUCUCAUCACAUGUAUUCCCAAUAUCAUCAACAUCCACAUUAUCAAGAUUACGAGCACUAUCCAUCUAAUCCAUAUGGAGGUUACAUGGGAUAUCCUGCCGGAGCGGAGCGGCCUCCUACACCGCCAAGUCCGAGCGAACACAGUGGCGCUCCAUCACCUCUGCCUUUGACUGCUCAACCAGGAGGUCCCUAUUUGACCUCCGGCUAUGAUGAAUUACCUGAACAUUAUAGAGUAACCCCAUCACCUGGAGGACCCAUCGGAUUGGAUUUCCAAGACGAUCCCGGUGUAGUGUACGGAUAUGUUUCUCCAUCUCCAUAUGGUACUACCACAAACCACCCUAGUUCUACAUACGACACGCGGCCAUAUGAGGAGAGCUUAAACGGACCAGUGCCGGUCGCUGCACCUAUCCGAAUGUAUGACGAUGAAGAACUUCAGAAGCACAUGAACAAAAUGUCCAUGUCCUUACACGGUCACGGUAUCGGGUUACCCAACAACAGGAGUCACGCAAUGGCAUCUCCGGGCAGCAUAGGGGGCGACGACGAUCAACGAGGCAUGCGCUGGCGCGAUCCAAAUUUAACCGAGGUCAUAGGCUUUCUAAAUAAUCCCAACAACGUCAUUAAAGCAAACGCCGCCGCCUAUUUACAACAUCUCUGUUAUAUGGAUGAUCCGAAUAAACAAAAAACCCGCGCUUUAGGAGGCAUUCCACCAUUAGUUAAAUUAUUAAGUCACGAAUGCGUAGAAGUAUAUAGAAACGCCUGCGGCGCUCUUAGAAACCUUUCCUAUGGGAGACAGAACGACGAAAACAAAAGGGCCAUAAAAAACGCGGGCGGCAUUCCCGCAUUAAUAAACCUCUUACGGAAAUCGAAUGAAGCAGAAAUUAAAGAAUUAGUUACCGGCGUAAUAUGGAAUCUUUCGUCGUGCGAAGAUCUAAAACGCCCAAUAAUUGACGACGGUGUCAAUACAAUCGUUACAUUUAUUAUAAUACCCCACUCUGGAUGGGAUCCGCAAGGGAAUUCCGGCGAAACUUGCUGGUCAACCGUCUUUAGAAAUGCUUCGGGCGUUUUACGAAAUGUUAGUUCUGCGGGAGAGUAUGCUAGAAAAAGAUUGCGAGACUGUGACGGUUUAGUGGACGCGUUAUUGUUUGUAGUACGCUGUGCCAUUGAAAAAUCAAAUAUAGGCAAUAAGAUUGUAGAGAAUUGUGUAUGCAUUUUACGAAAUUUGUCAUAUAGAUGUCAGGAGGUAGAGGAUCCGAAUUACGAUAAAAAUCCUUUGCCAACUCAAAGUAGAGUAACCGCUAAUCCGAAAGGUGAGAAUCUGGGCUGCUUUGGAGGGAGUAAGAAGAAGAAAGAUUCCCAAAUUGUUGACGUAAAGGAAAGUACUUCUGGUGUGUCAGGGGGUAAUUCGGGUAGUUCGGCAGCUAGAGGUGAACCAGUUCAUGGGUAUGAACUUUUAUGGCAGCCCGAGGUGGUUCAGUCAUAUUUAACUUUGCUACAAAGUUGUUCGAAUCCAGAAACGUUAGAGGCAGCUGCGGGCGCCCUUCAGAAUCUGGCAGCUUGUUAUUGGCAGCCAAGCAUAGAAAUACGAGCAGCUGUUCGCAAAGAAAAGGGUCUACCUGUAUUGGUGGAAUUACUACGAAUGGAAGUUGAUCGUGUCGUCUGUGCCGUAGCGACUGCCCUAAGAAAUCUUGCUAUCGAUCAACGUAAUAAGGAAUUAAUAGGGAAAUAUGCAAUGAGGGAUUUAGUUCAGAAAUUGCCUUCUGGAAACCCUCAACACGAUCAGGGUACCUCUGAUGACACCAUUGCUGCAGUAUUAGCCACGCUAAACGAGGUGAUAAAGAAGAAUGCCGAAUUUUCUAGAUCACUUUUAGAGGCGGGGGGAGUUGAAAGACUGAUGACAAUUACUAGGCAAAGACAGAAAUAUACUCCAAGAGUGCUCAAAUUUGCAGGACAGGUACUGUUUACGAUGUGGCAGCAUCAAGAUUUGCGAGACGUUUAUAAGAAGCACGGGUGGAAGGAGCAAGACUUUGUCACCAAGACUGUGGCAGCUCGAAAUGCCGGUCCUAAUUCGCCAAAUAAUGCAAAUAGCACUUUAAAUCGACCUAUGGCUUCGCAGAGUGGUACAAGAUAUGAAGAUCGAACGAUUAAGCGACAGGCACCUUCUCGGGGCGCAGCUGCUAUGUAUCAAAGAAACGAAGAUAUACCUAUGGCGGACAUGGCGUACCCAGAACCACAACCGCCCCUAGGCUGUGUGCGUUCCUACCCCCCAGGUGCAGGUUCUAACCCACCUCCACCGGAGCCUCUCUACGCGCAGGUCAAUAUGGAGAAAAAGCGCAGCCGCCAACCUAGCCUCGGAAACGCCAACCAUGUCGAUGAAAUCCAGCUCACCGCCGGUAAAGAUUCCUGGGUGUAGUUUCUAACACUUGUUAUAUUUAUUAUCAGUGUUAAGCCUCGUAUAUACAUAACAUAUGCAUAUAUGCGCACUGAUUUGUAUUAACGUUUGUAAAAAUAUUAGUUUUUGGUUUACUGUGAUGAGCUUCAAAUUAAAUUUUUUGUAUAUAUUUAUUACAUAUACAUAUAUAUUAUUAAUGGUU